GUCCGCCUGUAGGAGGACACGCCCGACCUAGGGUUAGGUCGGGCAGGUCCCUCUGCAGAGGGGAUAUUCAAGGAUAGUUGAACAAAUUCUGGGUGUCUUAAGAAGCGUGGGGGGGUACGCCCCCGACGGGGGGUCAACCUCGCCUCGUCGUCGCGCCGCGACGGGGGUCGGAGCGCCUUCGGCGCGCCGUGGCUGCCCGCGACAGGGGUCGAUGCGGGGCUGUCGGCGGGGGUGGCGCCCCCCCGACGCUGAUUGAGAAACUCGGAGUAGUCUGAUGACGAUGUUUCGCGCUCUAUUGUGACCAUUGUUGGUUACGUGUUGACCAUGCUUACUUUUUCUGCCAAGAUCCGCCUGUCCGACCUAAGCCGAGGGCGAGAGUGCCACUCCUCCGACCCCUCGGAGACGAGGCCGAGCGAGAAGGCAUGGGAAUGGGAGGUUCCAGUGGUCAGGAGAUGUCCCUGAGUUCCAGAAUUUCCUACUGUUCCCCGCGGGCUCCAGAAACGGGGUGUCCGCUACGUGCCCUGGAGCCCAUCGCAUCAUGGCAUCAUUCUCGUCCUGUUCUUCCCGGACGCCCCAGGUGGAGGCGGGACGUCUGGGGCGAGGCGAACAGGAACGCCAAGGCCGACCCGUCCGCGUGCAGGAGCCGGAAGGAUGCCUACAACCAUUUCUGCAACGUGUCCGACGCGGUGAUGCUCCACGCGGCCGCCCCCGACGAGGAGCACGGCGAGGGCGAGACGCCAGCGGCGUAGUCUGCUGGCAGCCCGCGGCAGCGCGUCCGGCGUGCGUCGGCGCACGGGCGCGCGCGCGCGUGCACACGGCGAGGCGCGCACCGGGUGCGGUCCCUGCAGCGCCAGCAUGCGCGGCGGCGUGCAUCCGGCUGGGAGCGUCGGUCCAGCGUCAACGGCACCGUAACGGGGGCGCUAAAGCGUCGCGACGCCGGUGCUGGCCCACCGGAGGAG